UAUGAAGCUGCCAGCUGAUGGUUUUAAAACAGAAAAUAACAGUGAUGUCACAUUCAAACAGGCUUCAGGAACACAAUACAUUGUGGUGGACUGUGGAGGUGGAACCAUUGACAUCACUGUUCAUGAAGUCCUGGAGGGAGGUGCCCUGAAAGAGCUGCACAAGGCCUCAGGAAAUGAUCUGGGGGGACAAACUGUGGAUAACAAAUUCAAAGAAUUCCUCAGAGAAAUCUUCAGUGAUAGUUUGUGGGAUGCAUAUGAAAAAGAGCAACCAGGAGAGCUGCAGAAGUUGAUGUAUGAUAUCUCAGUUUUAAAAGAGAAUGAUGAUGAUGUGGAGAUCAGCUGCCCAUAUAACCUGGGCGAAAUGGCAAACAAAAAGCAGAAAAUGGAAAAGUUUUUUGAAUCAGUGAGAGGUGUUUCCUGGAAUCAAGGAUCCAUCAAAAUCUUAAAAGAGAAAGUACGAUCUUUCUAUGCUGACAGUCUGAAUGGCAUCACCAAGAGUCUCAAAGAAAUCCUGAAGAAAGAUUUCACCAUUAAGUACAUUCUGUUAGUCGGGGGCUACGCUCAAAGCCUGAUUCUGCGUCAGCAUAUUACCAAUCAGUUUGGUGGUCAAUGUAAAGUUCUGUGUCCUUCUCAUCCUCAAGAAGCAAUCAUGAAGGGAGCUGUGAUGUUUGGAAGAAACCCAGCAUUGGUGGCAUCUCGAAUAAGUGCCUUUACUUACGGGGUUUCUUUGUCUCUUAGGUUUGAUGCAUCCAAGCAUAGAGCAGACAAGAAAUACACAAACAAAGAGGGCGAGUGGUGUGAUGGUAUUUUCUGUGUACUGGUGAAGGAAAAUGAGGAAGUGGGCUGGGAUAAAACCAGUGAAUACAGCUGCACUCCAAUAGAAAGAGAUCAGACAGCGAUUACCUUUGCAUUUUAUCGCACAGAGAGAAAUAUCCAAGGUCUAAUGUAUGUGGAUGAGUGGGGAGUAGAGAAAAUUGGUUCAAUUAUUCUUGAGUCACCUGACACAGCAAGAGGCAUGAAUCGUGAAAUCAAACUACAAAUCAAGUUUGGUGCCACAGAAAUGACGGCCACAGCCAUAGACGUAGAUUCAGGUUCAACAGUUAAAACUGAGCUUGACUUCAUGGCUAAAUCAAUGAGAUCAAUCAGAAACAACGUGUGGCAGAAGUGAUGUCGUGAAACAAGAAAACUUUUUAUUAUGAGAUCUAAUGAAAACCUAUGUGCAGUUAAAUGGUGGUUAUGUUGAAGUAUUUUUUUUUUUUUUUUAUUACCACUGAAAAAUGUACAGAUCAUUCUUACAGCCAUGUAAAGCAGACACGGACAUCCCCAAGACAUCAAAUUAUAUGAAUAAACUUUUGUAUGAUUCA